AUGCCUUUGCUGUUUUUGGAGAGAUUUCCAUGGCCCAGUUUGCAGACAUACACAGCUCUGAGUGCUGUAUUUCUCGCGGGGGCAAUCUUAAAUGGCUACUACACUGUCCCAGAGCUAGUAGAGUACACACAGACACAGAGCAGGACUCCCGUAGAAAGUGAUGAUGUUGAUGAUGACCCAAUCACCAGCCUUAGCGAUGUGGCAGCCACUGUCCGGUUGUACCUGGUCUCAGACACCGUUUUUGUUUGGGUAAGUUCAUGAACUCAGCUACUGUGGUUUGUUGAUCGUCAUGCUUUGAAUUGUACUGAAUUAUCAGAAUAUUGUGUAGCGGACUAAACUCCACUCCGUGGUAAAGGAAGUUUAUGAUGAACUUCCAACGGCGUGGAGCCGAGAGCAGGCUUUGCGUAAUCUAACGUUAGCUCCGACAUCGAUUUGCCUAAAGUUAAUACUUCAAAAAAAAUUAAAUUAUGAAACGGCCAACUUGUACCUAUGUUUGUCUUCUGUAGUUGUGUGCCUUUGUUUGCUGUAGUCCAACAUUUUUCAAUAAACGUUAUUCAAAUACAACCACCGACUGUUUAUUGCUGUUGCUCUAAGAUGGCAACUCAGUGUAAAUGCGCAUGUGCCCAUUGAAUCUCAACAAGGAAAGUCAGUAUUUAAUUAUCGUUUAUUGAAAAGUAUGGAUUUCAGCAAACAAAGGCACGCAUCUACAGAGGACAAACGUGGGUGUUUCAUAAUUUAUAUUUUUUGAAGUAUUGACCUUGGGUGAAUCGAUAUAGUCCGAGCUAGAUUCCACAAAUCCUGGUCUCGGCUCCACGCUGUUGGUGAAGUUAAUCAGAAACUUCCUUCACCGUGGAGAUUAGUCUACUAGAUACUGUGCUGAAAAAGAACAAAAAACCAUCGCAAUUGAGACUUUCGUAACCAGGGACAAACUUUUACCUUGAUGUUGAAAUAAUGGAUUUAGGAAAUUGUCAAUUUGCUGUUUCAUUUGAUGGCUGAUUUAACUUUCAAUUCAAAAUGUCAUGUUGAUCAGGUGAUGGUGAAUACAGCCUGCUGUGUCCUGAUGCUGAUUGCAAAGGUGAUCCAGUGCAUUGUCUUUGGGCCACUCCGUGUCAGUGAAAAACAGGUAAGUAGGAAUGUGUUUUGUGUUUGUCUAGGUAAUGUAAUUAACCAGGUAGCCUAAUGUUUUUCCUGGAAACCCAUACUGCAAACUGCCAGGUCCCAUGUAACUGGGGUAUAGUGGGAAUGUAAUUUAAUUAGUAGUCAUUGAGACAUGCAUGAGUAGAUAGAGGCCACUAUCAUAAACAUUUUAUUAUGCAGCUGUAUUAAAUCCUAGGCAAUGAGUGAUUCCUCACGAAACCCAGACGAGAGGCCUGGGUAAGGCCAAAAUGUCAUGAAUAUAAAAUAAAAUUGUAUUUGCCACAUGCGCCGAAUACAACAGGUGUAGACAUUACAGUGAAAUGCUUACUUACAAGCCCUUAACCAACAAUGCAGUUUAAGAAAAAAAUAGCAAAUAAUUAAAGAGCAGCAGUAAAAUAAAAUAACAGUAGGGAGGUUAUAUACAGGGGGUAAGAGGGCUGUAAAGCGGCUGCCAUCUUCUUCGGUGCCAUUUCUGUGUAUAUGCCAACUUUGAUCAAUCAUUUCUCAAUUAUGCUUUUAGAUACAAAUGUGAAAUGUGUCAACAAUCCUGCUUUCUCUGCCUAUACAGCACCUGAAGGACAAGUUCUGGAACUUCAUCUUCUACAAGUUCAUCUUCAUCUUCGGGGUGCUGAACGUUCAGACGGUGGAGGAGGUGGUGAUGUGGUGUCUGUGGUUCGCUGUCCUCGUCUUCCUGCACCUCAUGGUCCAGCUCUGCAAGGACCGCUUUGAAUAUGUACGUUUCCAAUAGUCCUAAAUAGGAGUUAUCCUCUUCUGACAAACAAAAAGAAGUCCCAAUAUUGUUUUAUCAUUUGUAUUCAGCCAAUAUCUGUAAGGCUAACCAAUAGCGUCUUUGUUCUGUAAAAACAACUAUAAUUUCCCCGGUUCAUGAAUAGGGUUUUUGCUGUUAUGACAUUCUGUUAUCCUCCACGGCAGUAUCGUACUUUAUAAUUGAGUCAUAUCUUGUGUGUUGUUACAGCUGUCGUUCUCACCCACCACUCCUAUGGGCAGUCGUGUGAGGGUUCUGGCCCUGCUGGUGGGUAUGCUGCUGACCUGCUGUGGCCUGGCUCUGCUCUGUGGUCUGCUGGGAAACCCCCACGGCAUGCACACCGUCGCCUUCAUGGCCGCUGAGGUAGGAUGCCUGGAGCCCGCUCCCCAAGUGGAGCUCAACUGUCUUUACUGGUCCUCUGUAGCUCAGCUGGUAGAGCACGGCGCUUGUAACGCCAGGGUAGUGGGUUCGAUCCCUGGGACCACCCAUACACAACAAUUUAUGCACGCAUGACUGUAAGUCGCUUUGGAUAAAAGCGUCUGCUGAAUGGCAUAUUAUUAUUAUUUCCUUGAUUCAUCAUGUCUUCUCUCCUUAGGAGAGGAAUUUUUCUCCAAUGCAUUUUGAGAUGGAGGCGACAUUAAAAAGUAUUUGUUGGAUCCUCUUGCCUUUGUUUCUAUAUGGAUAAACAUUUGCUGUGUAGUGCUUAUGUCUAUGUUUAAUGUAUACAUCAUGGCCUAUCUGAUGAUGCUCCCUAUUAUCUAACCAGACCAUUGUUUUCUUAUGUUUCCCUUCAGUGUAUGCUGGUGUCCGUUAGAACUGGACAUGUCAUUAUCCGGUAAGUGAUUGUGCAGGCAAUUGCCAAAAUAUUGUAUAUCUUGUAUGAACUCAUUACCAACUGGUGGUACAUCUUGUUACGUUCCCCAGCAAGAAAACCCAAAAUGGCGCUCAAACAGAAGGGGGAACUAACAGAGUCAUUGACAUCAACCAAAACGAAACCGGUGGGGUUUUAGGAGAGGUUCUAAAAGACUAAUGGGGGUGUCCACUGAAAGUUGCAUAGCAACAACAACUCAAACCUAAAAGACACCCACUAAGGGGGAAACAAAAGAAAAACCCACACUAAACUUAGACAGGAAGCAAACCAAAAUGAAAAUAGGGAAGAUCAGAUAAAGGAUUGUUUGUCUGGAAAUCAAAUAGGGAGCCUCAACUAAAGGUGUUGUCUCUCCAGACAACUGGAGCACUGGGCCAGCCACUCUUAAAUAUCACCUGGGCCAGCACAGGUGAAACACCAUCCCACUAAUGAGAUGACAAACCAGCACAGGUGUAACACAUACUGACUAACGAGGUGACACCAGUCUGUACGCCCCACGUGUUAACGUCCAACCUCGAAAAAUAAAUGGAAAAACCAAAGCCUGUAACAAUCUGACAAGGCCACACACACUGAACAUGUUCCUGCUCCCUCCAGGUACUCCAUCCACCUGUGGGACCUGAACCAUGAGGGCACCUGGGAGAGUAAAGGAUCCUACGUCUACUACACUGACUUUGUGAUGGAGCUGGCUCUGCUAGGUCUGGACCUCAUGCACCACAUCCACAUGCUGGUGAGUUCAACCCCCCAUCUUCAGACAUCCACUCACUUUCACAAAAAACAACUGCACAAGAGUGGCAUGUCCCUAAUUUGAGUUAUUACUAGAGUUGUUACUAAGGUCUAUUUAUCCAAGGGUCCCUUCAUGUUGUAACCACAAUGUCUUCUUUCUACCAACUCUCUUGCUCCUUUCUCUUCUUUAUACCCCCUCUCUUUCUUUCCCUCUCUUCUCAGCUGUUUGGUAACAUCUGGCUCUCUAUGGCCAGUCUGGUGAUCUUCAUGCAGCUGCGUUACCUGUUCCACGAGGUGCAGAAGAGAAUCCGUCGCCACAAGAACUACCUACGUGUCAUCAACAACAUGGAGGCCAGGUUUGUUGCUCAGUUAACUAGCUUGAUCUUUCUACAUACUGUACAGUACCUGUGUAUUUAUUUACAUGACAUUGUGUUAUAGCUGUAUCCAUCUAUGCUCUGAGGCAUAUUUAUAGGCAAAAUAUGAAUUUCCAUGAUCUGAAAAGAAAAUGGACAAAGUAUUGUUCUUCUAGAUAUAUUGGUUGAUUGCAGGUUUGCUGUGGCCACCUCUGAUGAGCUGAUAGCCAACAAUGAUGACUGUGCUAUCUGCUGGGACUCCAUGAUGACAGCACGCAAGCUGCCCUGUGGACAUCUCUUCCACCAGUGAGCAGAUAUGCAAAAACUCUUAACCCCCAUGCAGUGCACAUUUCAGCUACCACAACAACUAUCUAUUCUGCUAUACAGUAUAACUCCAGUCCAUUAUCAUGAUUUAACAUUGUGUGCCUAGUGCUACAUAAAAUCAAAGCAUUAUUAUGGUCAGUAUUAAGUGUGUUUUUGUGUGCACAGCUCCUGCCUGCGUUCCUGGUUGGAGCAGGACACAUCGUGUCCCACGUGCCGUAUGUCUCUGAACAUCAGCGAGGGGGCCGGAUGGGAGAGAGAGGAGAGGCAGAGAGAGGCCAUGCUGGAGGACAACAUGGGCCCUGAAGGCCCUGGACCCGAGGCAAGGCCACACCUCAACCAGCACAACCACUUCUUCCACUUUGACGGUGAGGCCCCAACAUUCACCCAGUAUACUCACUUUUCUAAUAGCACUCAAUUUAUUUCACAGGGACCGGACACAUUAAUCAACAUUUAGGUUUAAGUGUAAAUCAUAGUCCCACAUCUCAUUGUGACAUAGCUACGCGGUUCUGAGACUGCCGUCCGCGGGGGACGCACAACAUUUUCAACCAACUCAUUUCUGGUAUGUGUCCUCUAUAUUUAUUUGAAUGUGUUGACAGUUGGAGAAAUUGCUCGAGCCGUGCUGAGAAUUCGGAAAGUAUGAAAGCCAACAGUCCAAUAUUCUAGAUCACUGCUUUGCGUACGCAUACACGUUUUGGCACUUUAAAAAUAAGUAAAUUAGUAGUAGGUAUUAUUUGUUUGUCGCAUUCAAAUAAUGAAUUGUACACCAAUUUACAAUCAUAACAUCAAAUAGUUAAAUCCUAAACUAGUAAAACACUUUUAAUACAAUACAAUGUUAAAAUAUGCAAUAUACAUACACCGAGUGUACAAAACAUUAAGAGCGCCUUCCUAAUAUUGAGUUGCACUCCCCCCUUUUGCCCUCAGAACAGCCUCAAUUCGUCGGGCGUGGACUCUACAAGGUGUCGAAAGCGUUCCACAGGGAUGCUGGUCCAUGUUGACUCCAAUGCUUCCCACAGUUGUGUCAAGUUGGUUGGAUGUCCUUUGGAUGGUGGACCAUUCUUGAUACACACAGGAAACUGUUAAGCGUGAAAAACCCAGCAGCGUUGCAGUUCUUGACACAAACCAUUGCGCCUGGCAUCUAUUCCAUACCCCGUUAUUAUAAUAAUAAUAAUAAUAUGCCAUUUAGCAGACGCUUUUAUCCAAAGCGACUUACAAUCAUGCGUGCAUACAUUUUUUGUGUGUGGGGGGUCCCGGGGAUCGAACCCACUACCUUGGCGUUACAAGCGCCGUGCUCUACCAGCUGAGCUACAGAGGACCACCGUUCAAAGGCACUUAAAUCUUUUGUCUUGACCAUGCACCUUCUGAGUGGCACACAUACACAAUCCAUGUCUCAAUUGUCUCAAGGCUUAAAAGUCCUUCUUUAACCGGUCUCCUCCCCUUCAUCUAUUCUGAUUUUGAAGUGGAUUUAACAUGUGACAUCAAUUUUUAUUUGUCACAUGCGCGGAAUACAACAGGUGUAGACCUUACCAUGAAAUGCUUACGUACAAGCCCUUAACCAACAAUGCAGAGUUUAAAAAACGUGCUAAAUAAACUAAAGGAAAAAUAGUAACACACAAUAAAAUAUCAAUAACUAGGCUAUAUACAAGGGGUACUGAGUCAAUAUGCGGGGUUACAAGGUAGUUCAGGUAAUAUGUAGGUCAGGUUAAAGUGACUAGGCAUAGAUAAUGACAGAGAGUAGUAGCAUCUGUGAAGGAAUGUGUGUGUGUGUGUGGCGUCAAUAUGCUUGUGUGUGUUGGGAGUGUCGGUGUACUCCUGAGUGGCGCAGUGGUCUAAGGCACUGCAUCGCAGUGCUAACUGUGCCACUAGAGAUCCUGGUUCGAAUCCAGGCUCUGUCGCAGCCGGCCGCGACCGGGAGACUCAUGGGCGGCGCACAAUUGGCCCAGCGUCGUCCAGGGUAGGGGAGGGAAUGGCCGGCAGGGAUGUAGCUCAGUUGAUAGAGCAUGGCGUUUGCAAUGCCAGGGUUGUGGGUUCGAUUCCCACGGGGGGCCAGUAUAAAAAAAAUAUGUAUUCACUAGCUGUAAGUCGCUCUGGAUAAGAGCGUCUGCUAAAUGACUAAAAUGUAAUGUAAAUGUAGUAUGUGUGAGUGUGUGUGGUUAGAGUCCAGUGAGUUUACAUCAAGCCUGUGCAAGAGUCAGUGCAAAUAAUAAAAUAAGGGGGUCAAUGCAAAUAGUCCAGGUGGCCAUUUGAUUAACUGUGAAGCUGGGUUAUGGCUUGGGGGUAGAAGCUGUUUAGGAGCUUUUUGGUACCAGACUUGGCGCUCCGGUACCGGUUGCUGUGCGGUAACAGAGAGAACUGUCUAUGACUUGGGUGGCUGGAGUCUUUGACAAUUUUUAGGGCCUCCCUCUGACACUGCCUGGUAUAGAGGUCCUGGAUGGCAGAGAGCUCGGACCCAGUGUUGUACUGGGCCGUACGCAUUACCCUCUGUAGCGCCUUGCGGUCGAAUGCCGAGCAGUUGCCAUACCAAGCGGUGAUGCAGCCAGUCAGGAUGCUCUCAAUGGUGCAGCCAUUGGUGAGUCUGUCAUGGAAAGAGCAGGUGUUCUUACUGUUUUGUAUACUCAGUGUAUACAAAACAACAAUACUAUAAAGACAAGGUGUGGGUGGCAGCUUUGUAUUUGUAUGUAUUAUGGUCCCCAUACUCUUCCUGGGGUCCAGCAACAUUAAGGCAGAGAGAUAUAUAUAUAUAUAUAUAUAUAUAUAUAUAUAUAUAUAUAUAUAUAUAUAUAUAUGCAGUGGGGAGAACAAGUAUUUGAUACACUGCCGAUUUUGCAGGUUUUCCUACUUAAAAAGCAUGUAGAGGUCUGUAAUUUUUAUCAUGGGUACACUUCAACUGUGAGGGACGGAAUUUAAAACAAAAAUCCAGAAAAUCACGUUGUAUGAUUUUAAAGUAAUUAAUUUGCAUUUUAUUGCAUGACAUAAGUAUUUGAUCACCUACCAACCAGUAAGAAGUCCGGCUCUCACAGACCUGUUAGUUUUUCUUUAAGAAGCCCUCCUGUUCUCCACUCAUUACCUGUAUUACCUGCACCUGUUUGAACUCGUUACCUGUAUAAAAGACACCUGUCCACACACUCAAUCAAACAGACUCCAACCUCUCCACAAUGGCCAAGACCAGAGAGCUGUGUAAGGACAUCAGGGAUAAAAUUGUAGACCUGCACAAGGCUGGGAUGGGCUACAGGACAAUAGGCAAGCAGCUUGGUGAGAAGGCAACAACUGUUGGCGUAAUUAUUAGAAAAUGGAAGAAGUUCAAGAUGACGGUCAAUCACCCUCGGUCUGGGGCUCCAUGCAAGAUCUCACCUCGUGGGGCAUCAAUGAUCAUGAGGAAGGUGAGGGAUCAGCCCAGAACUACACGGCAGGACCUGGUCAAUGACCUGAAGAGAGCUGGGACCACAGUCUCAAAGAAAACCAUUAGUAACACAGUACGCCGUCAUGGAUUAAAAUCCUGCAGCGCACGCAAGGUCCCCCUGCUCAAGCCAACGCAUGUCCAGGCCCGUCUGAAGUUUGCCAAUGACCAUCUGGAUGAUCCAGAGGAGGAAUGGGAGAAGGUCAUGUGGUCUGAUGAGACAAAAAUAUAGCUUUUUGGUCUGAACUCCACUCGCCGUGUUUGGAGGAAGAAGAAGGAUGAGUACAACCCCAAGAACACCAUCCCAACCGUGAAGCAUGGAGGUGGAAACAUCAUUCUUUGGGGAUGCAAAGGGGACAGGAUGACUGCACCGUAUUGAGGGGAGGUGGGAUGGGGCCAUGUAUCGCGAGAUCUUGGCCAACAACCUCCUUCCCUCAGUAAGAGCAUUGAAGAUGGGUCGUGGCUGGGUCUUCCAGCAUGACAAUGACCCGAAACACACAGCCAGGGCAACUAAGGAGUGGCUCCGUAAGAAGCAUCUCAAGGUCCUGGAGUGGCCUAGCCAGUCUCCAGACCUGAACCCAAUAGAACAUCUUUGGAGGGAGCUGAAAGUCCGUAUUGCCCAGCGACAGCCCCGAAACCUGAAGGAUCUGGAGAAGGUCUGUAUGGAGGAGUAGGCCAAAAUCCCUGCUGCAGUGUGUGCAAACCUGGUCAAGACCUACAGGAAACGUAUGAUCUCUGUAAUUGCAAACAAAGGUUUCUGUACCAAAUAUGAAGUUAUGCUUUUCUGAUGUAUCAAAUACUUAUGUCAUGCAAUAAAAUGCAAAUUAAUUACUUAAAAAUCAUACAAUAUGAUUUUCUGGAUUUUUGUCUUAGAUUCCGUCUCUCACAGUUGAAGUGUACCUAUGAUAAAAUUACAGACCUCUACAUGCUUUGUAAGGAGGAAAACCUGCAAAAUCGGCAGUGUAUCAAAUACUUGUUCUCCCCACUGUGUGUGUAUGUAUAUAUAUAUAUAUAUUAGACACAAACACAGUUGAAGUCGGAAGUUUACAUACACUAUGGUUAGUCAUUAACUUGUUUUUCAACCACUCCACAAAUGUCUUGUUAACAAACUAUAGUUUUGGCAAGUCGGUUAGGACAUCUACUUUGUGCAUGACACAAGUAAUUUUUCCAACAAUUGUUUACAGAUAGAUUAUUUCACUUAUAAUUCACUGUAUCACAAUUCCAGUGGGUCAGAGGUUUAAAUACACUAAGUUGACUGUGGCUUUAAACAGCUUGGAAAAUUCCAGAAAAUGAUUUAGAAGCUUUAGAAGCUUCUGAUAGGCUAAUUGACAUACUUUGAGUCAAUUGGAGGUGUACCUGUGGAUGUAUUUCAAGGAUGAAACAAAAAUAGAACUGUUUGGCUGUAAUGACCAUCGUUAUGUUUGGAGAAAAAGGGGGAUGCUUGCAAGCAAAAUGGCUUAAGGACAACAAAGUCAAGGUAUUGGAGUGGCCAUCACAAAGCCCUGACCUCAAUCCUAUAGAAAUGUUUUGGGCAGAACUGAAAAAGCAUGUGCGAGCAAGGAGGCCUACAAACCUCACUCAGUUACACCAGCUCUGUCAGGAGGAGUGGGCCAAAAUUCACCCAACUUAUUGUGGGAAGCUUGUGGAAGGCUACCCAAAACGUUUGACCCAAGUUAAACAAUUUAAAGGCAAUGCUACCAAAUACUAAUUGAGUGUAUGUAAACUUCUGACCCACUGGGAAUGUGAUGAAAGAAAUAAAAGCUGAAAUAAAUAAUUCUCUCUACUAUUAUUCGGACAUUUCACAUUCUUAAAAUAAAGUGGUGAUCCUAACUGACCUAAGACAGGGACUUUUUACUAGGAUAAAAUGUCAGGAAUUGUGAAAAACUGAGUUUAAAUGUAUUUGGCUAAGGUGUAUGUAAACUUCCGACUUCAACUGUGUGUAUACAGUAUCUCACAAAAGUGAGUACACCCCUCACAUUUUUGUAAAUAUUUGAGUAUAUCUUUUCAUGUGACAACACUGAAGAAAUGACACUUUGCUACAAUGUAAAGUAGUGAGUGUACAGCUUGUAUAACAGUGUACAUUUGCUGUCCCCUCAAAAUAAAAAAAAUAAAAAACAACUAACACCCAUUGUAAAGUGGUUAUCCCACUGGCUAUAAGGUGAAUGCACCUAUUUGUAAGUCGCUCUGGAUAAGAGCAUCUGCUAAAUGAUGUAAAUGUAAAAUAACACAACACACAGCCAUUAAUGUCUAAACCGCUGGCAACAAAAGUGAGUACACCCCUAAGUGAAAAUGUCCAAAUUUGCCCCAAUUAGCCAUUUUCCCUCCCUGGUGUCAUGUGACUCGUUAGUGUUACAAGGUCUCAGGCGUGAAUGGGGAGCAGGUGUGUUACAUUUGGUGUCAUCGCUCUCACACUCCCUCAUACUGGUCACUGGAAGUUCAACAUGGCACCUCAUGGCAAAGAACUCUCUGAGGAUCUGAAAAAAAUAAUUGUUGCUCUACAUAAAGAUGGCUUGGGCUAUAAGAAGAUUGCCAAGACCCUGAAACUGAGCUGCAGCACGGUGGCCAAGACCAUACAGCGGUUUAACAGGACAGGUUCCACUCAGAACAGACCUCGCCAUGGUCGACCAAAGAAGUUGAGUGCACGUGCUCAGCGUCAUAUCCAGAGGUUGUCUUUUGAAAAAUAGACGUAUGAGUGCUGCCAGCAUUGCUGCAGAGGUUGAAGAGAUGGGGGGUCAGCCUGUCAGUGCUCAGACCAUACGCCGCACACUGCAUCAAAUUGGUCUGCAUGGCUGUCGUCCCAGAAGGAAGCCUCUUCUAAAGAUUAUGCACAAGAAAGCCCGCAAACAGUUUGCUGAAGACAAGCAGACUAAGGACCAUGUCCUGUGGUCUGAUGAGACCAAGACAAAGACAAGUGUGUCUUGCCUACAGUCAAGCAUGGUGGUGGGAGUGUCAUGGUCUGGGGCUGCAUGAGUGCUGCCGGAACUGGGGAGCUACAGUUCAUUGAGGGAACCAUGAAUGCCAACAUGUACUGUGACAUACUGAAGCAGAGCAUGAUCCCCUCCCUUCGGAGACUGGGCCGCAGGGCAGUAUUCCAACAUGAUAACGACCCCAAACACACCUCCAAGAUGACCACUGCCUUGCUAAAGAAGCUGAGGGUAAAGGUGAUGGACUGGCCAAGCAUGUCUCCAGACCUAAACCCUAUUGAGCAUCUGUGGGGCAUCCUCAAACGGAAAGUGGAGGAGUGCAAGGUCUCUAACAUCCACCAGAUCUGUGAUGUCGUCAUGGAGGAGUGGAAGAGGACUCCAGUGGCAACCUGUGAAGCUCUGGUGAACUCCAUGGCAAUUUCUCUCAUGGAAUAGCCUUCAUUUCUCAGAACAAGACUAGACUGACGAGUUUCAGAAGAAAGUUAUUUGUUUCUGGCCAUUUUGAGCCUGUAAUCGAACCCACAAUUGCUGAUACUCUAGAUACUCAACUAGUCUCAAGAAGGCCAGUUUUAUUGCUUCUUUAAUCAGCACAACAGUUUUCAGCUGUGCUAACAUAAUUGAAAACGGGUUUUAAAAUGAUAAACUUGGAUUAGCAAUCACAACAUGCUAUUGGAACACAGGACUGAUGGUUGCUGAUAAUGGGCCUCUGUACGCCUAUGUAUAUAUUCCAUUAAAAAUCAGCCGUUUCCAGCUACAAUAGCCAUUUACAACAUUAACAAUGUCUACACUAUAUUUCUAAUCAAUUUGAUGUUAUUUUAAUAGACAAAAAAAUUUCUUUCUUUAGAAAACCAAGGACAAUUUCUAAGUGACCCCAAACAUUUGAAUGGUAUUGUAUGUGUGUGUUUAUAUAUAUAUAUAUAUAUACAUACAUACAUACAUACAUACAUACAUACAUACAUACAUACAUACAUACAUACAUACAUACAUACAUACAGUGGGGAAAAAAGUAUUUAGUCAGCCACCAAUUGUGCAAUUUCUCCCACUUCAAAAGAUGAGAGAGGCCUGUAAUCAUAGGUACACGUCAACUAUGACAGACAAAAUGAGAAGAAGAAAAAAUCCAGAAAAUCACAUUGUAUGAAUUUAUUUGCAAAUUAUGGUGGAAAAUAAGUAUUUGGUCACCUACAAACAAGCAAGAUUUCUGGCUCUCACAGACCUGUAACUUCUUCUUUAAGAGGCUCCUCUGUCCUCCACUCGUUACCUGUAUUAAUGGCACCUGUUUGAACUUGUUAUCAGUAUAAAAGACACCUGUCCACAACCUCAAACAGUCACACUCCAAACUCCACUAUGGCCAAGACCAAAGAGCUGUCAAAGGACACCAGAAACAAAAUUGUAGACCUGCACCAGGCUGGGAAGACUGAAUCUGCAAUAGGUAAGCAGCUUGGUUUGAAGAAAUCAACUGUGGGAGCAAUUAUUAGGAAAUGGAAGACAUACAAGACCACUGAUAAUCUCCCUCGAUCUGGGGCUCCACGCAAGAUCUCACCCCGUGGGGUCAAAAUGAUCACAAGAACGGUGAGCAAAAAUCCCAGAACCACACGGGGGGACCUAGUGAAUGACCUGCAGAGAGCUGGGACCAAAGUAACAAAGCCUACCAUCAGUAACACACUACGCCGCCAGGGACUCAUCCUGCAGUGCCAGACGUGUCCCCCUGCUUAAGCCAGUACAUGUCCAGGCCCGUCUGAAGUUUGCUAGAGUGCAUUUGGAUGAUCCAGAAGAGGAUUUGGAGAAUGUCAUAUGGUCAGAUGAAACCAAAAUAGAACUUUUUGGUAAAAACUCAACUCGUCGUGUUUGGAGGACAAAGAAUGCUGAGUUGCAUCCAAAGAACACCAUACCUACUGUGAAGCAUGGGGGUGGAAACAUCAUGCUUUGGGGCUGUUUUUCUGCAAAGGGACCAGGACGACUGAUCCGUGUAAAGGAAAGAAUGAAUGGGGCCAUGUAUCGUGAGAUUUUGAGUGAAAACCUCCUUCCAUCAGCAAGGGCAUUGAAGAUGACACGUGGCUGGGUCUUUCAGCAUGACAAUGAUCCCAAACACACCGCCCGAGUGGCUUCGUAAGAAGCAUUUCAAGGUCCUGGAGUGGCCUAGCCAGUCUCCAGAUCUCAACCCCAUAGAAAAUCUUUGGAGGGAGUUGAAAGUCUGUGUUGCCCAGCGACAGCCCCAAAACAUCACUGCUCUAGAGGAGAUCUGCAUGGAGGAAUGGGCUAAAAUACCAGCAACAGUGUGUGAAGACUUACAGAAAACGUUUGACCUGUGUCAUUGCCAACAAAGGGUAUAUAACAAAGUAUUGAGCAACUUUUGUUAUUGACCAAAUACUUUUUUUCCACCAUAAUUUGCAAAUAAAUUCAUUAAAUUCUACAAUGUGAUUUUCUGGGAAAAAAAUUCUCAUUUUGUCUGUCAUAGUUGACGUGUACCAAUGAUGAAAAUUACAGUCCUCUCAUCUUUUUAAGUGGGAGAACUUGCACAAUUGGUGGCUGACUAAAUACUUUUUUCCCCCACUGUACACACACAGUCAGUCAGUCAGUCGUGGUCAAAAGUAUUGGUCUUUACAAAGUUCGCUGCUUCAGUGUUGAGAUAUUUUUGUCAGAUGUUACUAUGGUAUACUGAAGUAUAAUUACAAGCAUUCCGUAAGUGUCAAAGGCUUUUAUUGACAAUUACAUUAAGUUUAUGCAAAGAGUCAAGUGUUGAGUCUUCUUUUUCAAGACCUCUGCAAUCCGCCCUGGCAUGCUGUCAAUUAACUUCUGGGCCACAUCCUGACUGAUGGCAGCCCAUUCUUGCAUAAUCAAUGCUUGGAGUUUGUCAGAAUUUGUGGGUUUUUGUUUGUCCACCCGCCUCUUGAGGAUCGACCACAAGUUCUCAAUGGGAUUAAGGUCUGGGGAUUUUCCUGGCCAUGGACCCAGAAUGUCGAUGUUUUGUUCCCCGAGCCACUUAGUUAUCACUUUUGCCUUAUGGCAAGGUGCUCCAUCAUGCUGGAAAAGGCAUUGGUCGUCACCAAACUGUUCUUGGAUGGUUGGGAGAAGUUGCACUCGGGGAGGAUGUGUUGGUACCAUUCUUUAUUCAUGGCUGUGUUCUUUGUGAGGGAGCCCACUCCCUUGGCUGAGAAGCAACCCCACACAUUAAUGGUCUCAGGAUGCUUUACUGUUGGCAUGACACAGGACUGAUGGUAGAGCUCACCUUGUCUUCUCUGGACAAGGUGUUUUCCAGAUGGCCCAAACAAUCGGAAAGGGGAUUCAUCAGAGAAAAUGACUUACCCCAGUCCUCAGCAGUCCAAUCCCUGUACCUUUUGCAGAAUAUCAGUCUGUCCCUGAUGUUUUUCCUGGAGAGAAGUUUCUUCUUUGCUGCCCUUCUUGACACCAGGCCAUCCUCCAAAAUACUUCGCCUCACUGUACGUGCAGAUGCACUCACACCUGCCUGCUGCCAUUCCUGAGCAAGCUCUGCACUGGUGAUGCCCCGAUCCCGCAGCUGAAUCAACUUUAGGAGACUGUUCUGGCGCUUGCUGGACUUUCUUGGGCGUCCUGACGCCUUCUUCACAACAAUUGAACCUCUCUCCUUGAAGUUCUUGAUUAUCCGAUAAAUGGUUGAUUUAGGUGCGAUCUUACUAGCAGCAAUAUGCUUGCCUGUGAAGCCCUUUUUGUGCAAAGCAAUGAUGACGGCACGUGUUUCCUUGCAGGUAACCAUAGUUAACAGAGGAAGAACAAUGAUUUCAAGCACCACCCUCCUUUUAAAGCUUCCAGUCUGUUAUUCUAAAUCAAUCAGCAUGACAGAGUGAUCUCCAGCCUUGUCCUCGUCAACACUCACCUGUGUUAACAAGAGAAUCACUGACAUGAUGGCAGCUGGUCCUUUUGUGGCAGGGCUGAAAUGCAGUGGAAAUGUUUUUUGGGGAUUAAGUUCAUUUUCAUUGUAAAGAGGGACUUUGCAAUUAAUUGCAAUUCAUCUGAUCACUCUUCAUGACAUUCUGGAGUAAAUGCAAAUUGCCAUCAUCAAAACUGAGGCAGCAGACUUUGUUAAAAUUAGUAUUUGUGUCAUUCUCAAAACUUUUGACCACAACUGUGUGUGUGUGUGUGUGUGUGUGUGUGUGUGUGUGUGUGUGUGUGUGUGUGUGUGUGUGUGUGUGUAUAUAUAAUAAAUAUAUAUAUAUGUAAUAUUUUAAAUUGUGUGUGUAUAUUUAUGUGUGUGUGUAUAUAUAUACAUUUCAUAACACUUUACACAAUACAUUAAGUGUGUUCCCUCAGGCCACUACUCUACUACCACAUACAGUUGCUUGCGAAAGUAUUCACCCCCCUUGGCAUUUUUCCUAUUUUGUUGCCUUACAACCUGGAAUUAAAAUGGAUUUUUGGGGGGGUUUCUAUAAUUUGAUUUACACAACAUGCCUACCACUUUGAAGAUGCAAAAUAUUUUUUAUUGUGAAACAAACAAGAAAUAAGACAAAAAAACAGAGAACUUGAGCGUGCAUAACUAUUCACCCCCCCAAAGUCAAUACUUUGUAGAGCCACCUUUUGCAGAAAUUACAGCUGCAAGUCUCUUGGGUAUGUCUCUAUAAGCUUGGCACAUCUAGCCACUGGGAUUUUUGCCCAUUCUUCAAGGCAAAACUGCUCCAGCUCCUUCAAGUUGGAUGGGUUCCUCUGGUGUACAGCAAUCUUUAAGUCAUACCACAGAUUCUCAAUUGGAUUGAGGUCUGGGCUUUGACUAGGCCAUUGCGAGACAUUUAAAUGUUUCCCCUUAAACCACUGGAAUGUUGCUUUAGCAGUAUGUUUAGGGUCAUUGUCCUGCUGGAAGGUGAACCUCCGUCCCAGUCUCAAAUCUCUGGAAGACUGAAACAGGUUUCCCUGUAUUUAGCUCCAUCCAUCAUUCCUUCAAUUCUGACCAGUUUCCCAGUCCCUGCCGAUGGAAAAACAUUCCCACAGCAUGAUGCUGCCACCACCAUGCUUCACUCUGGGGAUGGUGUUCUCGGGGUGAUGAGAGGUGUUGGGUUUGCGCCAGACAUAGCAUUUUCCUUGAUGGCCAAAAAGCUCAAUUUUAGUCUCAUCUGACCAGAGUACCUUCUUCCAUAUGUUUGGGCGGUCUCCCACAUGGCUUUUGGCUUUUUUAUUUUUUUUCUGGCCACUCUUCCGUAAAGAACAGCUCUGUGGAGUGUACGGCAUAAAGUUGUCCAAUGGACAGAUACUCCAAUCUCCGCUGUGGAGCUGGGCAGCUCCUUCCGGGUUAUCUUUGGUCUCUUUUGUUGCCUCUCUGAUUAAUUUUCUCCUUGCCUGGUCUGUGAGUUUUGGUGGACGGCCCUCUCUUGGCAGGUUUGUUGUGGUGCCAUAUUCUUUCAAUUUUUUAAUAAUGGAUUUAAUGGUGCUCCGUGGGAUGUUCAAAGUUUCUGAUCUUUUUAUAACCCAACCCUGAUCUGUACUUCUCCACAACUUUCUCCCUGACCUGUUUGGAGAGCUCCUUGGUCUUCAUGGUGCCGCUUGCUUGGUGGUGCCCCUUGCUUAGUGGUGUUGCAGACUCUGGGGCCUUUCAGAACAGGUGUGUGUGUGUAUAUAUACUGAGAUCAUGUGACAGAUCAUGUGACACUUAGAUUGCACACUGGUGGACUUUAACUAAUUAUGUGACUUCUGAAGGUAAUUGGUUGCACCAGAUCUUAUUUAGGGGCUUCAUAGCAAAGGGGGUGAAUAUAUAUGCACGCACGAAUUUUCUGUAAUUUUUUUCUUUCCGAUUUUUUGAAACCAGUUAUUUUUUUCGUUUCACUUCACCAAUUUGAACUAUUUUGUGAAUGCCCAUUACAUGAAAUCCAAAUAAAGAUCCAUUUAAAUUACAGGUUGUAAUGCAACAAAAUAGGAAUAUCGCCAAGGGGGAUUAAUACUUUUGCAAGGCACUGUAUCUAGAAAAUACAUUUAGAAAUUACAUCUUUAGAGUUAUUAGGUAGGCAUUGUUAAGGCCCCUGGGCUAUAUGGUGUGUGCAUUGAUCAGUUUAGUGAAGUAUGAAAUGGGACAGUUCUGAUAGUGGCCUGUGCGUGUCAUGGGGGUGUUCAGUUUGUGGCUGUUGUGGGUUGCCCGUCCAGUAAUCUGCAGUCUGGUUGGGGGGGGGAGCAAGUUUGCAAACUGGGAGUUCUGCAGGUAUUUAGCAAAUGUCAGGCAGAUCUGCUCUCCAAGGACAUGAUUCAGAGGGUUUCGAGGGCUUCACGGUAGCUGGUGUACGACCCGCACAGAAUUAUUCUGCAGGCUCUCUUCUGGACACGCUGCAGCUGAGCAGUCAGGGUGCCGGGCAGUGACGGCAGACUCCAGAACUGGUCUGACGUAGCCGAUUUAGAUGGACAGUAGGUCUGUUGUGGUUACAGAGAAGCCCUUAAUGCGCUUGAGGAGGAAAAGCUUCCUGCUGGCCCUUUUGGUGAUGGUGUCAACCUGGCUGCUCCAACGCAGGUCCUGCUGGACAGUGAGACCCUGCUCCCUGACCUUUGAUGUCUCUGACAUGGGACGCCAUUGA